AACUUGAAAGAGAAGGAUACCUACUUCAUUAUAGGAAUGGUGACCAAGACGGACUUCACCCUACAGGAGGUAGCACUUAGGGACGGGAAAAAUGGCAACCCAACGUGGAUUAUCAUUCGUGAUUCGGUGUACGAUGUGACGGAUUAUUUAAACGAGCACCCUGGCGGUGGUGAGUUAAUAUCAGAUUUCGCUGGAAGGAAUGGAACCAAAGACUUUGACGAUUUCGGCCACUCCUCUACAGCAAUGGAUCUACUUAAGAAAUUUAAAAUUGGAGAACUGAAUGAGAGUGAUCGUGCUAAAGCUAAGAAGAAAGGCACCGAACGUGUCCCAGACGACGAAUCCAUCCUUCCGGAUAAGCAAAGAAGUAAACGACGAAAGUUUAUUUUCUGCGGUUGAUCCAAAGAACUAGGGUUAAAAUUAGUAAUGAUAACAUUCAGGAUCCAUAUUCAUAUCAUAUACUGUUAGGAAUUAGUUAAACAAAUUAAUUUAAAAAUAACCCCCUGAAAGCUACUUUGUGCUAUGAAAACUAAUUGAAAAUACAUAAUUCUAAACUGUUUAUAUACCUUACCUCAUAUUGUUGCGGUUUCCGAUUAAAACUCAGCUCACUAAGCUUUACUACGUUAAUGGAUUCGGCCACUUAAUUUUGGGCCGCCACUUUCCAGUUUCUCUCCUCAUGAAAACGCAAGUUGUCCGAAUCUUUUAUUGACAUUCUCCGGGGUUAGAAAGAACAAAUCAAACACACUUGUUUCUAUAGGGAUGCAAACAGAAGAAACUACAUUUUUCCAAAACAAUCACAAAUACAGAAUGAUGUUCCUUCUACGUAAUCAUGAAAUAAAUCGGUC